CUAGCGGCUGUUUGCUGUACUCAGCUAACUGUCCACAACUUAGCAUUCAUGGCCACCUCGAGAUUUAGCUGUUAGCCAUUCACCAAGCCCGAGUCUGCAGGGAAACAUAGAUCGCAUUACGCAAAGGAUAUGCUCCCAGCGUGUUAGGUCUGGCAUCAAACAGAAACGUUGCUCCACAGUACAGAGCACACCCGCUGUCAUGUCAGGAAUUAAAAGGAAAAUAGAAGACAAUGAUCCUGACUACGAGGACGUUUCUCUUAUUCAGAACAGCAAGAGAAACAAGGCAGCUGAACAUAAUGCCCGAGAAGCCACUGUACAGAAGAUUGAAGCCAUCAUCAGGAAGCAGUUUUCCUUGGAGAUGAAGAACAAAGAGCAUGAGAUAGAUGUGAUAAGUCAGCGACUUAAUGAUGCCAGGAGAAUGAUGGACAAGCUUAGGGCAUGUAUAGUUGCCAAUUACUACGCCAACGUUGGGAUAACAAAGGUCUCAGAGCAUUCCUCUAAGAGUGACCCUGCCGUGCUCAACCAUCCUGCCAUCCGUCGCUUCCUGGAGUCCCCGUCCCGUUCUUCUUCUCCUCUAAACCAGGGCUCUGAGACGCUUUCUCUGGGCCACUCAGAAUCGGAGUUCCUCUCGCAUCAUGGAGAGGGAGCGGACAGAGAUGGAACAUGGAGAGAGGAUAUGAGCCGGCACGAGCGCAGACCCGGGCGCAAUACGGGCAAAGAUACAUUUGGUGUCCCAUCGUCUGUGGGAGCAGAGCAGAGGGUGACCUAUCACACUACUGGAGAUGAAGCCUCUAGACUCUACGUUAAGAAGACAAUAGUAGUGGGGAAUGUAUCCAAGUACAUUCCUCCUGACAAGCGUGAAGAAAAUGACCAGUCUACCCAUAAGUGGAUGGUGUAUGUCAGAGGUUCCAGAAGAGAACCCAGCAUAGACCAUUUUGUGAAGAAAGUCUGGUUCUUCUUGCAUCCCAGCUACAAACCCAACGACCUUGUUGAAGUCAGUGAGCCUCCCUUUCAUUUAACACGUCGCGGCUGGGGUGAGUUUCCUGUGAGAAUCCAGAUCCACUUCAAAGACCCUCGCAACAAACGUAUUGACAUCAUUCACCAACUAAAGCUGGACAGAACAUAUACUGGGCUACAGACUCUUGGGGCAGAAACUGUGGUUGAUGUGGAGCUGCAUAGAAACUCUUUUGGACAAGACUAUAUUCAUCAGCCUUCCUCCUCCAAUGUGAUGCACAGAGCAGCCAGUCCCACCUCAGGCACCUCCCAAAGUGGUCGCUGCACUUCGCCACUUUCACACGAUCACAGUGUUGACAAAGGUGAGAUUGGAAAAUCUGCAGGGAGCCACAGCUCAGGCCCCACUGCUGGUGAACGCACCCCGACUCGACCCAAGGCCAGUGACAGGAUCACCCUGGGUUCCCAUGGCAACUCGGCUUUCCAGCCUAUCACAUCAAGUUGUAAAAUUGUCCCACAAGGGCAGUCGCCCAGUCCUGCAGAGUCUCCUGGGAAAUCAUUCCAACCAAUCACAAUGAGCUGUAAAAUUGUGUCAGGGUCUCCUAUUUCCACCCCAAGCCACUCCCCACUUCCACGCACGCCCACCACCUCCACGCCUGCACACAGCAAGCAGAGUUCUUCAUCAGUGCUCAACAAUCCUUAUAUCAUUGUUGACAAGCCAAGCCAGGUGAUCAGCAUGGCUUCCUCAUCUGCUGCCUCCACAGCGAGCCCUGCAGCCAAACCGUGUUCUGUUCAAGGGACUCGUUCUCCAGGCCCCAAAGUUCACACUGGCUCAUUUCUUCCAUCUGGCGUGAAGGUUAUUAUUAAGCAAGAGCCAGGAGAAGUCUCAACACAGCAGCAGCAGAUGGUUUCCACAGUAACCAGCCAGCAGCAACCUGCCACUACAGCACACCAGUUUGUGGCAGUGAAGGGGGGUCACAUGAUCUCUGUGUCAGCCCAGAAACAGGCAGCAGGCGCCACAACUAGCAAGAUGUUAGGGAUUCCUGUUAGCUCGACACUUCAGUCUGCAGUCAAACAGGUGGCUAUUAGCAGUGGACAGAUUUUGGUCGCCAAGGGCAACCCCACCGUCUCCAAGGUAGUUGGUGGGAAGCAGGUUUUGGCACAGGGAGUCGCUAAAGCCAUUGUCAGUGGAACCAGUGGCAUUUCUGGUCAGCAGGCUGCUACCAAAGCAGCAAGUGGUACAAGUGGCAAGAGUGGAGUGAUGGCUACUCUUCAGCUGCCGGCCAAUAACCUGGCCAAUCUGGCUAAUUUGCCCCCGGGCACCAAACUCUACCUGACUACCAACAGUAAGAAUCCCUCAGGGAAAGGAAAGCUGCUUCUCAUCCCUCAGGGAGCAAUCCUCCGAGCUUCUAGCGCAAGUCAGCAGUCCCAAAGCAGCUCAUCGGCAAGCGCUGGGGCCUCUCAGACCUCCUCCUCCUCCUCCUCAUCUAGCAGUCUGCCUUCCAACCUCUCCUACACAUCCUAUAUUCUUAAACAAACCCCACAGGGUACAUUUCUUGUUGGUCAGCCAGCGCAGGGCUCAGGGAAGCAGAGUGGUUCCACCUCAACAGGUCACACAGCAUCAUCACCAGCACUUACCCAGCAAGCAAUUAGAGUGACUGCUGGACAAAAGGCAGCCAUACUGGCUCAGGUGGUGGGUAGCUCUCAGGGUGCACAGGUCAAGAUGUCUGAUGGCUCAGUUAAGACAGUAACCGCAGCAUCAGGCCACUUGUCCAAGCCAGGAACGACCACAUUGAGGAUGACAGGUGGAGUCAUCACCGCUGCUAGUUCCACCCCAGGCUCCAUCAGUGCUACAGCAGCAGCAGCAUCCAGCCAACAACAACAGGCUGCCGAAGGUGGAAAGUCAGCCUCUCAGCACGCGCUACUGGUGGCGGCCAAUCAAUCAGCAGUAAUCAGUGCAGCUAAGAGUGCCAGCGCUGCGAGCAGCAGUACAUCAAAGGCGGCUGCAGCCACUUUGGUCAAAGGCAACUCUGCCACAAUGACAAAAAGUUCCGUGGGUUCAGCGGGAGCUGCAGUAAGUGUUGCAAAAGGCGUCACCAACAUGCCCGUCGUCAGCAUGUCUAAGAGCGCCACGGUGGGGACGGUGGUGGGCGCCUCCAAAAGCAGUGGCACGUCGCUGACCACCGCGGCCUCUUUAGUCAGCAGCAUAGCAGCGGGAGGAGGCAAGACUGGUGCCGCUCUGUCCGGGAUGCUAAAAAUCCACUCUGGAGGUUCAAGCUCCCAGCAGACAGUCUUAACCAUCCCAGCCAAUCAGAUAAAGCAGCUGGGGGUUGGCACUGGAUCUGGAGGGCUGCAGACCAUAUUCAUGCCUGUUGGGAAAGUAGUGUCUAAAGGCUCAGUCUCCACUUCUGCUUCCUCUUCUGCCACACCUGGAGCAGCUGGAGCUGGAGCCUCCCCAAGUCCUACCAGCCAGACCCCCCCCUCCCUUGCUCUGCCUCUGGCACAAGUGAAGACGGAGCCGGGUGCUGGCACAGCUGUUACAGCUGGUCCAUCAAACCCGGUGACUGCUCCUGGUCACGUAGCCUCUGCUGCUAUGACUGUGAAGCAAGAACAAGGGGCAGAUAGUACUGCACACGACCUCAUCAACACUGAGCACAUAGAGACCAUGAUGCAGCUGUUGACAGCUGUGGUGAAGAAAUUUCCUCUGAUUGUUCCAGAUAAGACCGAGGACUCCCAUCCAUUCUGUGCAUCUUCGAUAGAACAGUAUUAUUCCUGGAAUAUUGGCAAGCGCAGAGCAUCAGAGCUUCAGCGAGCAGUGGCAGUGAAGCGCGUUGUCCAGGACGUGUUGGACCGCUCGCCCCGACUACAAGCUCUAACUCCCCCAAAGACCAGAGAGGUGGUGCAGUGGUGCCGGCAGAGGGGCUACACGCCACCUGACCCCGAACCCCAGCGCAAGAACGAUGACGAGUCCAUUGAGGACAUCCUCACCCAGAUAGAUAAUGAGCCUGCAGAAUGCCCAUCAACACUGAGUGGCUACGAGGAGCUGGUGCUGCGGCUGGAGCAGAUGCAAGCGCUGCUGAAGCCCGAACCCGAGGAGGACAAUGAAAUAGUGGAUAUCGUCACCAUGACUCCACCUUGUCAGAAGCUGAAGGUCAAAGAGGAGGAGCAAGAAACCGACACCGAGCCCAAAUUUUUUCUGGGCCCGUGUGUGUCCGCCCAGUUUGUCAGUGAAACAGCUCAGCAGAUCGGCGUGACCUUCCAACCUGUCGAGGUGGAAAAGAACGUGUUUGCUCCAGCUGUCGAGGCUAUGAUCCUGAAGGCUACAGAGCAGUUUGCCAGCGACAUCCUGAGAGAAGCUCUGGCUGGGGCCUACGCCAAGUCCCCUCAGAACAGGGCUCCCAGAGAAAUCACAGCCAUGAAUAUCCACCAGGCGGUCUCCAGCAUCCCCACCUGUGACUUCCUGACCAACACACACCUGGGUUACAUGGCCAAGGACAGCUGAGGGUAUCAAACAUGACUGACUGGCUGGUAACUGACACAUACUGGGAUGUGAUCACCCACGCUGCUGGUUCUGACUCUGAUCUCUGCCUGACAGCUCCGUCUGUGAAUAUUCACACGUGGAUGUAAUCACGUCUGAGCAGUAGGAACUCAUGUACUGUAACUUGAUCAACGAAGGGCUCUGCUUGCUUCUCACAGCAUCUGAAUAAAAAAUGUUUCUAAUACUCGGGCUGUAUUGUAACAUUUGGUCCUAACAUAUGUGAGAAGUGCCGCUGUGGGGCUCUUGAUUAGAUUUUCAGAAGCUGCUGGGCUUACCUCAUAACAGGGAUAUUUUAAUGAAGUGUUUCCUGCCAGACAACCAGGCAGUCAGUGGGGGAAAGAAGCCUGAGUGUCUUAUAAUGCUAAGUAAUGGCAUCAGACAGCUGCCCCCUCCUUCAUUCCUCAUCCUGCUGUCACGGCCCCUGAACUCGGAACAUUUUAUUUUCCUAUGAGGUGAAAAUAACAGCAGGUUGGAGACACUAAGGACUAUCUGAGUGUGUGCCUGUGAGCCACAUUGAUGAUAAUGUCUGGUGGGUACUUUUGGCAAAACAAGCAUGCAAAUCUUCCAAAAGUGCCAUUACCAUGGCAACCGAUGAUUCCCCUUACUGCAAGCAACCUUUCCUGUAUUUCAGUGUUACCUGGCAGAGGUAGUCAUGAUAGCCCAUGGAUGUGAUUUUUAAAUGUUCUGUUUAACAUUAAUAAUGUAUCUAUUCUAUAAUGUACACAGUGUAUAUGACCAGUAUGAAUUAGAUGGUGUUUGAACAGCCUGUUUUUAUUUUUUUAUCUCAUGUCGGCACCUGUGACCAGCUGUUUUCUAAUAGGAGCGUGUGUGAAUGUGUGUGGAUAGCAGAUGUUGACAUCACGCGAGUUAAUGAGUUUGACGGUGAGCGUUGGCGUUUUCCUUUGGCUGUGUUGGUGGUUCUGUGUAAUGUGGAGCUUUGCAUUACGUUAAUGUGCAAAUGCCUUGGACCGUGAGCGUGUGCGGCAGCGGCGAGUGCUCGUGAUGUCUGUGAAACCAAAUUAGUGUAGAAGAUACUCAAACGUGUAUUUUCAUGUUUCCGUGCAAACCAAAAAUAUAAAUAUUCUUGUAAUAAACAAAGAAAAGUCGA